AUGGCCCGGCGGAGCGUGCUCUCCAUCCGCAUCGUGGAGGGCAGGAACCUGCCCGCCAAGGACAUGUGCUCAGGGCUGCACCGGGUGCAGACGGAGGGCGAGGUGAUCGAGCAGGGCCGCCAGCACCUCCAGUCCUACCUGGGCGAGCUGCUGGGUGCCAUUGUCAAGUCAGCCCCAGCGUGUCCCCCCAUCAUCCGCGCCGCUUUCCGGCAGCUCUUCCAGCGCGUCGGGGAGCGCUUCCCCCAGCACCAGCAUGCCAAGUUUGUGGCCGUCACCAGCUUCCUCUGCCUCCGCUUCUUUUCACCGGCCGUCAUGACCCCCAAGCUCUUCCACCUGCGGGAGACGCACGGCGAUGCGCGCACCAGCCGCACACUGCUGCUUCUGGCCAAGGCUGUCCAGAUAGUGGGCAACAUGGAGCCAGCGGCCGGGCGGGCCAAGGAGGCCUGGCUGGCCCCGCUGCUGCCCGCCCUGCAGCAGGGCAUCGCCCAGAUGAAGGACUUCAUCACCCGGCUGGUGGGGAUGGAGGAAGAGGAGGAGGAGGAGGAGGAAGGUGAGGGGCGGCCGCUGGGCCCCCCUGCCACGGUGGUGAAGGAGGGGCCGCUCUUCGUCCACAAGACGCGGGGCAAGGGGCCACUGCUCGCCGCCGCCGCUGCCAAGAAGGUCCACUUUUGCCUCACUGGGGAGGCCCUCAGCUUCAGCAAGAGCCCCGGUGCUGAGCGUAGCGGCACCAUCCCCCUGGCUGACAUCCUCGCUGCCGAGAAAGUGGAGGAGAAGAGCUUCGGGAGCUCCCAUGUCAUGCAGGUGGUCUAUGUGGGCGCAGGCGGGCAGCAGGAGACAGCCUACCUCCAGUGCAAGUGCGUCAACGAGCUGAACCAGUGGCUGUCCGCCCUGCGCAAGGUGUGCGUCAACAACCCCCGUGUCCUCCGUGCCUACCACCCCGGCGUCUUCCGGGGGGACAAAUGGAGCUGCUGCCACCAGAGGGAGAGGACAGGGCUCGGGUGCGACCGGACGCGGCAUGGCGUCACCCUGCAGGACUGGAGCGACCCCCUGGACCCUGCGGUGGAGGCUCAGCGCCUCUUCCACCACCUCCAGGGCCUCCGAGGGAUCCUCAGGGAAAAGUACUGGGAGCUGCUGGAGCCGGAGAACGCCCAAAACGGCCCCCAGGGUGAAGAUGCCCCCGUCCCCGAAGGGCUGAGCCGGCUUUUCGGGGUGCUGGGGGACCUGGAGGGCUGCCACCGCCUGGCGCAGCCCCCGGCCCCCCCGACCCCCACCCUGCUGCAGCUGCAGACAUGA